CGAUUGUUGGGUUACUGAAGUUCAAGUUUUUGUCUGUUCUGCAGUCCUGGAUCAGUAAAAACGCUGAAGCCGAUGCUAAGCUAAAUCUGUUCAAUGUGACCAAACGAGAUGAAGGCGAAUAUCUUUGUAGAGCCAACAAUUUCGUAGGCAGAGCCGAAAAAUCAUUUUGGCUCCACAUUCACAAACCAGAACCAGCAGAAAAACGGGUUGCCAGACAGGAUUCCAGCUCGUUUUACGCAGGGAUUCUCAGCUACGGGAUCGCCUUCGCUCUUUCCAUCCUGGUGGCCGUGAUGGUGUUGAUUUAUAAAAUCAAAAGGCCGGCCAAAAAAGCUAUAAACGCCACCGCCGUUCAGAAAGUCUCCAAGUUCCCCCUCAAGAGACAGCAGGUGUCCUUGGAGUCCAACUCCUCCGUGAACUCCAGCACUCCCCUGGUGAGGAUCACCCGCCUCUCCUCCAGCGAGGGCGCCGUGCUGGCCAACGUCUCCGAGCUGGAGCUGCCCGCAGAUCCCAAGUGGGAAUUGGCAAGAUCGCGCUUGACUCUCGGGAAGCCUCUGGGCGAAGGCUGCUUCGGUCAGGUGGUGAUGGCCGAAGCCCUGGGGGUCGACAAGGAGAAGCCGAACAGGCCCAUCACGGUAGCCGUCAAGAUGCUGAAAGACGACGCCACAGACAAGGAUCUCUCUGACUUAGUCUCAGAAAUGGAAAUGAUGAAGAUGAUGGGGAAGCACAAAAACAUCAUCAACCUCCUGGGCGCCUGCACGCAGGACGGUCCUCUCUACGUUCUUGUGGAAUAUGCCUCCAAGGGGAAUUUAAGGGAAUACCUGAGAGCUCGCCGGCUACCUGGCAUGGAUUAUUCCUUUGAUACCUGCAAGCUUCCUGAGGAACAGCUGACCUUCAAGGACUUGGUCUCCUGUGCCUACCAGGUGGCCCGUGGAAUGGAGUAUCUGGCAUCUCAAAAAUGUAUUCACCGGGACCUGGCAGCCAGAAAUGUUCUGAUCACGGAAGACAACGUGAUGAAGAUAGCUGACUUUGGUCUGGCCAGGGAUGUUCACAACAUCGAUUAUUACAAAAAAACAACUAACGUGAGUGGAAAGCUUCUGAAAAACGGGGCGGUUCUGGUCAGGGGCCAUCCAGAUGUAUGGUCGUUUGGGGUGCUGCUAUGGGAGAUCUUCACUCUGGGAGGGUCCCCCUACCCAGGAAUCCCCGUUGAGGAGCUUUUCAAACUCUUGAAGGAAGGCCACCGUAUGGACAAGCCAGCAAACUGUACCCCAGAUUUGUAA